AUGAAGAUUCUGCACAUCCUUUUGGGCGGAAGCUUUGCUCUGAUCAUUAAGGCUGCAGUGCCCCCUAGGAACGCCACGGAGGUCAAAUUAGCGCAGAUUAAACAACUUCUGACCUCUCAGCUCUCGGAGAGCGCCUCAAUUAUCUUUCCCAACUCUGAUCGAUGGGUUGAUGUCACUCACCGUGCUGCCGCUCCUCGCGUUAACCCGGGCUACCUGGCUGUUGUUGACAUCAAAAUCGCCAAUGAAAUCGGAGUCCCGUUCUUAGCUGUCACCGGCACGCAUGGCUGGACCGACGACAUCAGCCGAAUCCAAGACGGAAUACAGAUUCGCAUGCGUGGCCUUAAUCAUGUCACUCUGGGACCCAGCAGAGAUACUGCCUAUGCCGGCGGUGGCGUCAUCCAAUACGAGGUUCUCCAAGCUUUGUACCAAGAUGGAAAGCAAGCUGUCCACGGUCUCUGCGAAUGCGUCUCAAUCAUGGGUCCUCUACUUGGUGGAGGCCAUAGUGUACUACAAGGUGCUCACGGCUUUGCUGCUGACAACCUGGUCUCCGCUAGAGUUGCCUUUCACAACGGCACUGUUGUAACAGCCUCGGAAAACGAGAAUGUCGACCUUUUCUGGGGCCUCCGUGGUGCGGGUCACAACCUAGGCAUCGUUCUUGAGUUCGAGGUGAAGGUUUACGACAUCCACCCAGACCCGUGGAGUUUCAUGACAUUCGUAUAUGAAGCUGAUCGGAUCGAGGAGUACUUCAAAGCAUGGAACCAGCUAGAAGAUAUCAUCGCAGAUCCCGGGCUUCUUGUACUGAACGGCUACUAUCGUAUGUUACCAGAUCUCGAUACUAAGAAGCCUCUUCUCGUGCUGGAGCUUAUCUACCAGGGUUACGAUACUGCCGCUUCCCAGUACAUUGACGCCUAUCGUGCUAUCAAGCCCAUGCACGAGGAGACUGUUACUGACAUAUACUGGAACAAACUCUUCGACAUCACAAAUUUCGGUCGUGACGAUCGAGUCUGCGUUCCAAGUCAGAACUGGGCUGGUUACGUCAACUCCGUCACUCGCUGGGAUCCUGCGUCCAUGCGAGAAAGCUACAACAUCUUUGCCGAUCUCGUGGCAAUCGAAGCCUACAACACUUCCACCUUCAUCUUUGAGUCUUACGGGCGCAAGGGUGUGCGUGAGUUCGCUGAUGACUUCAAUGCCGUUGCACCAGAGGAACGUAACAAGCAUAACAUGUUGGCUGCCUUCAUCUUCUGGACGGGAGACAACAAGACAAAGCUCGGUAUAGCCCGCAAAUUUGGACAGAGGCUGCAGGCAGCCAGUCGGAACGGGGAGAUUGCUCACUCUUACGUCAACUAUGCCAUUGGCGGUGAAGAGCUUGCACAAGUCUAUGGUCGAGACUCUGCCCGCCUCCAAAAACUUCAGAAAAUCAAGGCAGAGUUCGAUCCUUACAACAAAUUUGGUUACUAUGCCUCACUCGUGGGUGCAUAAUGCCACAGCUGGGAGGUUAAGAGCCGCUAAGAACGAAGCCGAAGCAUGUCAGGAAAUGGGUUGGGACCUCCUGCAGUGCGACAAUCUCCUGAGUGUUUGCAGGCGGCUUAGCAGAUGUGUCUUGACCAGGGAAACGGGA